AUGAUGCUAAAGUUCACAGAGUCGACCUUCUGGUUGCUAGACACGCGCAACAUCCUCUGCCAGACUUAUCAAUCUAUCACUCCUUGGAAAGCCACUUCUGUUAAACUCGGCCACAUUGUUUCCAUCUGCAAUAGAUGUACAAGUGGAGCUAAUCUUAAAGAAGAAGAAGAAGAAAAAUCUAAGGAGACUAAGGAUGAUGUAAGCACUGAUAACGUUGAUCUUUCCACCGGUGACGAGGAGGAUACUGAUAAUCAGUUGGCUCCAUGGUCAUCUAUGACGUUGCCAUCGGUUGUCAGCUCUUCCUCUUCUUCUACAUCGAAUAGCCAAUAG